UACAGUCUUUGUACGGAGGCACGGAUGGCUGCUUAUAUAAUCGGCUGAUGUCGGAUACAGGAGGCAGGAGUUGGAUUGCGCCAGAAAAUAUUCCGUAACCAGUGCCCAGAAUUGCCGACGAAAACGACCAAGCACGAGCACCCAGCACCAAGCACAUGUGCAUGAUCUGGGUUUGCAUGCGCAGCAAAGCCCACGAUCCAAUACCGAGCGAUGCUGGUCUCCCCGUGGGGUACAUCGUCCCAGCCGACAUGCCCCGUAUCCACCAGCUCCAAGACCCCCACAGCGAACACAACACAGACCACCACUGAAUGGCAUCACAUUACAGAGCCGUUGCAGAGCCGUUGCAGAGAGAAGGGCGCCGGGGGAAUUGGGGAGGCGGGAAGGCUAGAAAAGGGAAAACCAAAAGGAAACGAAAAAGACGAAGCAAAAAAAGGCCCCAAAUCAAUAGCCUGGGGCCGUCUCCAAGGCCAAGGAUGCAUGGCGGCUUGCCACUAUAGCGCACAUGUACUUGUACGCCGGCGACGACGGCGCUGCUGCUACUGUACGGCCUCGUCCUGCUGGCUGUCGCGCGCAACGACGAGAUUGCCAGCAGCCCGUGUACGCGUUGCAGGCUCCCUGCCAUUGGAUCGUGCCACCGGCCGUCGCCAUGCCACAGUGGGCCGGGCUGGACGCCUUUCAAGGCGCGAGAUCUCAGGCUUGCCGAGGCCGGCCUAGCACGCGCACCACGCAAACGGUGAACUCGGCUCAAGCGCGAGCGUCCAGGAGAGGAGCGUAUUCAUGUGUCAUGGCCGGUUCUGCGGUGGCUUCUGCUGGUGCUUUGCACGCUCGCAGCACAAGUACAGGUACCCGCACACAGCAGCCCGUUUGCUCUUCG